UCUAUGCUGCUUUCAUGGCAUUCUUCACACCACUGAUCAAAAAGAUCUGAGGUGGAGAGAGGCUUACUUUUACAGUUAACUUCAAAACGUUAAAGUGUUUUUUUCUCAGUCAGUUCUUCUGCCACUAAAGGAUUGGAUCACUGCAGCAAUGUCUUACCUUCCAAAUCUAUUCAAAUACGUAGAUGAGCACCAGGACCAAUUUGUUGAGCGCCUGGCACAAUGGGUUGCUGUACAGAGUGUGUCUGCCUGGCCGGAGAAACGAGGAGAAAUCAAGAAGAUGAUGGAGAUGGCUGCCAAGGACAUUGAGAGACUUGGGGGAACAGUGGAGAUGGCUGACCUCGGCAUGCAGAAGUUGCCAAGUGGUGAACAGAUCCCUCUUCCUCCAAUAGUUCUGGGCAGACUUGGCUCAGACCCAGGCAAGAAGACUGUGUGCAUUUACGGACACUUGGAUGUGCAGCCAGCCAACAUUGAGGAUGGGUGGGACUCACCGCCCUUCACUCUGGUGGAGAAAGAUGGUAAAAUGUACGGACGUGGAUCUACUGAUGAUAAAGGCCCUGUACUGGCCUGGUUCAACAUCAUUGAGGCCUUUCAGAAGAUUGGACAGGAACUGCCCAUCAAUAUAAAGUUCUGCUUCGAAGGAAUGGAGGAGUCUGGAUCAGAGGGAUUGGAUGAGCUGGUUUUCUCUCGCAAAGAUACUUUUUUUAAGGGUGUGGACUAUGUCUGCAUUUCUGACAACUACUGGCUGGGAAAGACCAAGCCCUGCAUUACUUACGGUCUGAGAGGAAUCUGCUACUUCUUUAUUGAGGUGGAUUGCUGUGAUAAAGAUCUUCACUCUGGUGUGUUUGGAGGAUCUGUUCAUGAGGCCAUGACUGACCUCAUAUCUCUGAUGGGCACUUUGGUGGAUAACAAGGGGAAAAUUAUGGUACCAGGGAUAUACGACCAUGUGGCUAAAUUAACUGACGAGGAGAAGAAGCUCUAUGAAAUGAUUGAGUUUGACAUGGAAGAAUACGCUAAAGAUGUUGGGGCUGGCAAACUCCUGCAUGACACCAAAGAGCAAAUUCUCAUGCAUCGUUGGAGAUACCCAUCUCUGUCUCUGCACGGCAUAGAGGGAGCGUUCUCCGAGGCCGGGGCCAAAACUGUCAUCCCCCGCAAGGUCAAUGGCAAGUUCUCCAUCCGCCUUGUCCCUGACAUGGAUCCCAAAGUUGUGGAGAAACAGGUUAUUACUCACCUGGAAAGCAAGUUUGCGGAAUUGAAAAGUCCCAACAAACUGAAAGUGUUCAUGGGACAUGGAGCCAAAGCCUGGGUGUCUGACUUUAACCAUCCUCACUACAUGGCUGGCAGAAAGGCCAUGAAGACUGUGUUUGGCGUGGAGCCUGACCUGACCCGUGAGGGAGGAAGUAUCCCGGUGGCUCUAACCUUCCAGGAAGCAACUGGCCAGAAUGUGAUGCUGCUGCCUGUUGGUUCCUCUGAUGAUGGCGCUCACUCGCAGAACGAAAAACUCAACAGAUCAAACUAUAUACAGGGCACCAAGAUGUUGGGAGCUUACUUCCACGAAGUAUCUCUGCUUAGCUAACGGAAACUUCUUUCUUUGGUCCAGUUUUCUCUAAAUAAACCAAGCAAGUGUUUUUAAAAAAACUGGUGAGACCAAAUCAGCAUACAUUGUUGUUUCAGGCUCGUAUAUCCCUAGUAGCAGCAACAUUUGGGUGUCUGCCUGAAAUUUUUCACCCUUGUAAUAACAGACUCUUCGUUUUUGGGUAUAUCUGGAAUAUCCUUUAAUAUGGUAUAUAUGAUAAUCUUUUAUCUGGUGUAAUCUGUUUACGUAUGGCAUAUGCACACCUACUGUAUAACAUGCAAAUUAAAACUGAACUUUGAUUAGA